UCCAAGAUCAAAGAUCAACAUCCGUGUGAAAGCUUCUAGUGGUGGUUAUUGGGCUUUACAAUUUGGAUGAAUCAUUUGGAAAAUAAUACAGAUUGUUAUUUUAAAGUUAAUACCAAGAGUGUAGGAGGAAAACUAGUCUUCACAGCACUCUCUACAGUGAAAUUGGUAACAGACAUGGCCAGAGAAUAUGACCAUCUCUUCAAAUUACUCAUAAUAGGUGACAGUGGAGUCGGUAAGAGUUCGUUAUUGCUGCGAUUUGCAGACAACACAUUUUCUGGAAGCUACAUAACAACGAUUGGUGUUGACUUCAAAAUACGAACUAUUGAAAUAGAAGGAGAGAGGGUCAAGCUUCAAAUAUGGGAUACUGCAGGACAGGAGAGGUUUCGCACCAUAACCUCAACUUAUUACAGAGGGACACACGGAGUUAUCGUCGUUUAUGAUGUGACAAGUGGUGAUUCAUUUGCGAAUGUUAAAAGGUGGCUACAUGAGAUUGAACAAAACUGUGAUGUUGUCAACAGGAUAUUGGUGGGAAACAAAAAUGAUGCACCUGACAGAAAAGUAGUAUUGACAGAGGAUGCACAGCGAUUUGCAGACCAGAUGGGAAUCCAGUUGUUUGAAACUAGCGCAAAGGAUAACAUAAAUGUUGAAGAGAUGUUUAUGGCAGUAACAAAACAAGUCUUGAGAUCGAAAAAGGAGCGGAAAGAGAGGCAAGCUAUUCAAAAUAAUGACACUGUAAAUCUUCGCAAAGGACCUAAACAAAACAAGAGAAAAUGCUGUUAACACUUGCAGACACUUUGAGGUGUUAGUAAUUUUCUCCCAGUGUAAAGAAGAAACAAGUGUAUGGCAGAUGUAAACUGCAGUCAAGAAUUUUUUCAGUGUGAUGUCUGAGCAAGAGCUUGAAGGAAUUUACCAAUGUUUACUGGUCAUCAUAAUACUCCAGAAGAAAGCCCAGACAGCCCACACAUCAUUUGACUUUUUUAAACUCUGUUUUCUGAAUCGUCAGUUUAAUAAAAGGGCCUAUUGUGUGACAAUUGAAUCCAAUGGAUUUAGAUGGUUAAUGUUGACAUAAUAGGCACAUUACUGUAGCAUGAUUUCUGUGAAUUGCCAAAUAGUAUAAGAGUUUAUGAAGGCAAGAAAUUCGAGGAACGGUGUGACUGUGUGUGAAGAAAAUAAAGUAGACGAAUUUAUCAGAGUGCAGGGUCAAAGGGUUUAGAAUGUAGGGACUGUGGGGGGAGGGGGGAUAGUCCUAUUUAUAAGUUCCUUCAAGAAACAAACAUAAUACAUACAUUUAAUUCCAAUGGACUUGUAUUUGAAGAACAUGAAAGGAUUAUAAAUCCUACUAUAUAUGUGAACAAGAUAAUGGUUUACAGUCUAAAUCAGAUUAAGAAAUUUCUUUUGGAAGUUUGUGAUUCCAGAAUGAGAUGAAGAGACAUUUAAGACAUAAACAGCUAUAUUCAGAAACAGAUGGUCCUAGUAACUUAUGUUACUCAUCAUAAGCACAAAAAUGUUGAAUGUAAGCUGUAUCCAUGAUUUGGAAGGAAUAAUUUAUGCAAUAUAUAUUGCAGGACUGCAUUGAUCUUUGUGUAUUAUAUGAUUUAAAUUUUGGUUUCUUCUGCAAAUUGUGGAAAACUGGAUUAUGACAUGAAUUUCUAGAAUGUUCUUUGGCAUCUUCAUCUGUCUGUCUUUUCAACAGCCUUGUAUUUCAGUCAUUCUUGUAAGCUGAAAAUACGUAAACACAAAAUAACACAGACACUGCUCAAUUUUAACAUAGCACUAGGCUCACAUGUAGCUUGUGCAACGUAAGUUGCCUGUAGGGAUAUCAUACUUCUCUUAUUUCACAUACAGAGUACACAAAUAUCCAGAAGGUCACAGGAAACUUUUUAAAAGUUCCUCAUUUAUAACAAAACCACACAACAGUUUAAAUUAAUUCUCAAAAUAAUACCCAUUUUUGUCAUCUGGGAGACAAAUGGACUGUCAGUUGCUGUAGCUUUUUUAACUGCAUAAUUAAGUUUGUCACUCACUGUAGUGUUCAAAUCAGCCCAAGCAUUAAUCUUAAUGGAUUUGAAAUGUCCAGUCUUCCACAGCUUCUAUGUCAGUUAGUGUUGUAUUGUUCAAAAAUGUAUGUAGAAAGUCGUCCACUAAACUGAAUAAUUUUAACUGUAAACCAUAACAAGAAUAUCUGUUGUUGGCUGUUGGACUCCCCAUGUACUACUGUCAUAAAAGUCAUGUUUUAGAAGAUUAUAAUGAUGUAAAUAAGAUGCAUUCAUGAAUUCCAACAGGGUGUAAAUAUUAAGGAUCAAGCAGAUGUUAGAAUAAAGCUAAUAUUAGACAUUUUGAAACUGAAAAUUAAUGUAAGCAUGUCAUAUACUUUCAGCAUACAUCAGGCUACAUUAAAUAUUAAAUAUCUCAAAAAAUUGGGCAAUGCACACCCUUAGUGAAAGACUUUUACAAUUGACAUCACACAGUCAUUGUACUGUAGGACUUCCUGAUUGAAUGUCAAACAAGGUUGUCCUGUGUAAAUAUAAUUUCACUGUUACCCCACCACCAUUUUAUUUGUACCUUCAAAUCUUCUGUAUUAGAAUAGAAGUUCUAACAAACUUUUGGAAUUGGAAGUUCUAAAAAUGUGAUUAUAAAGUAUAGGAGUUUGGUUAAUUAAUUUAAAAGAAAAUAUUUAAGUUACAAAUUAUCUGUAACAUAUAUUCGUUGCACACUUCCAUUUCUAUUUAAUAUUUCUCAUUCUGACACAAUAAGGACAAAGGAUACUGUAUGUCCAUGACUUAUGAUCAUGCAGUACUGUGCCUAGUGGGCAUUGCCUCAAAUACAAAAAUAAACUACUCAUUCAUUAAUGUUUCAUUUCCUCCACAGAAGAACCCAGACAGGAACAGAGUUAGCCGUAAAUGUGCAAGUUACAGGAAAUAAAAGUCAGAUGUUUAACGGUUUUCCUUCCUUGCUCAGUACCUCACCAAUCCUAAGUAUUGCGUAAUGUAAUCUUCGAUCUUCCUGCAUGGUGCUUUAUUGGUGUUUGUAUGAAUGCAAUAUAAUAUUCCAAUGUAAAAAUUAAGUGUAAAACAAAGAAAUGAACUUGUCUAGAAAAAGAUUUUCUGAAUACAAAUUCACCUUUAUUGGCCUUGUGUCAUGGCUUACUCAUGGUCCAGCUUGUGUGUCACAUACCACUCAACCAUUAAGCCCAGGAGUUAUAAGUAUGGGUGGCAGUCCCAUGGUUCAGAGAUUUAACUUCCCUUGUCCUGUAUGAUAAAGGUAACAGUACUCUUAAAAUUUCAGCAAGAAGAGAUUACACACUGAUUGUAUGUAAGCCAUAUCUACAUUACAGCAAGCAAGUUUACAGAUCAAAUUGAUUUCAGUAGCUUGUGUGGCUUUGUUUCAAAUUCAUUUGAUUUCCUGAAAUUUGUUAAACUGUAAAAACAAAUAUAAACAUAGGGCUGUAUGAAAUAUGCAGCAAAUAUUAAAAGAAUUGUGAAAAAGAAGUAUAAGGCAAAGUCUAAUGCAGUUCCUGAAAUAAUUUUUAACACAAAGAUACUGUUCUUAAUUAAAUGGAAGUUAUACUAUACAGAACUUUUGCCUUUUACUCAUGUCUGUCUUGACUCUGUCCAGCAUACAGGAACCAGACUGAAUACACCAAAUAUAAAAAAGUACACAUUGUACAUUCAAAGAGUGAAGAGACAUAUUCUACUAAAACUAAAAGUGAAACGAUUAGAAAGGAAUUAUUGUAUUUCCUGUACUCAACUUCGUAAUGUAACAUGCAAGAUAUACUGUCUGUACAUCAUGAAUGUAACAGUUUCUUCAAAUAUCCUUUUCUUUUGUAAAAUGUAAGACCAUUUGCUCAGUGGUGGUUUGAUGUGUUGAACUCCAGUACCUGUAGAAAAUAGAUAUAUAUAAAUAAAUUGUUGUUCAGUUGGGUAAUUAUGGAUUUUAAGAAUGGGAACUUGGAUGAAAACUAAUUUUAUAAUUUCAUUCAGUGUUUAUGUUAUCAAGUCUUAUUUCAAAAUUGCCAUAAUCUACCAGGUUUCUUCCUUGUAGCAAUUUUAUGUACAUUUCUUUUAAAUUAUUUUCAAGCUAACAAAUUUUACACGUGCUUUGUUCUGAAACUUUUUUCAGCAUUGCAUUUCUUGAUGCAGGGUAUACUAAUCCAGAUAUCAAACACUAACAUUUUUCCUUAAUACAUGGGUGCACCUUAUAUUUAUAUUAACCUUAAUUAUUAAUCCAUAACAUUGAAACACCUAUAAAGUUUGGAAUGCAUUUGUUGUAGAAUUUACAUUUUGUGAAUCUUUUUUCAUAAGCUAUAUAUCUUACAUAUCAUAAUGUUGCUAAGUCAGAACUAUGUCCCAAAGUUUGUAGGCUUACAUAUUUUCCAUUUUGUGAAAUAUAUUCACUAUUACUUUGUGAGAUUAUACCCUCUAAAAUUGUUAUAUGAACAGAUUCAGAAAUAUUCCUGUCCACAUGUCACAUAUGAGCUAAUAAGGACCAGUGACAAGUAUACUUCUUUCCUUAGUACAUAUUAACAUUUAAUAAAUUAUUAUCAUUGUGUGUGAGGUCCAAAAAGCAACUGAAGAAUGUAUUACAGUCCUGUCCUUCGAUAUUAACCUGUCAACACUUCCCACAAAAAUAUGUGAAGCAGGCUGUGAGCCUAAUGGAUUUUAUAAGAGGUUAAUUGAUUUGUAUGUCUGGAAUCCUGGUUAUAUGUGGAACAGUGAAGGUGUGUGGUGGUGGUGGUAAUGGUUUCUGGUGAACCAACAGCCAGUCAGUUAUGUGAUGUGUUGCUGUCAGUAACUAUAUAUAUAUAUGACAAAAUUCUGUCACAAUGCAGUAGAUGACAGUUUCAAGAAUCUCUUAUAAUAGAAUCAGCACAAAAUAUGGAAAAGAACCAGUAACUUUAGCACCGUUAAUCUCAGGACUAAGUAACUGCUGAAUCUGAAUAAAUUUUGUUUUUGAAUUAUACAAGAAAGAAUAAGGUUAUCCUCAAAGUUUAUUAAGCAUUUCUAACCAAAUAAAAAUCAUAUGAAAGGGCACCACUUAAUGAAAUCUUGUGAAUUUCCCAGUUGUUUUCAAUUCUGAUAUUAACUCACUGUUACAGAAGGACAAUUAUGCCUUGCCACUAUUAUAAAUGUGUGCAAGGAUGAUUUAAAUAUGUUGCACACAGUAAUAUAACUGCAUAAGCAUGAACAUUGAAAUAUUAUGUUGUCUGUGCAAUAGCUAUGCAAGUGUUUUGAAUCCUUGGGUAAUCACAAAAUUCUAAGCAGACAUAUAUACUGCUAACAUUACAUCUCCUCAUCAAUUGAUAAGAGCAAGGAAAAAAAAAUUAAUGUACAACACUGGACAAUGGCCAAAACAGAAUAAUAUUUGAGAAAAAUCUGUCUCAAACUGUAGGAACAUUGCUAAUACUUCUUAUAAGAAUUAUAUGAACAGUUCCAGUUUGUAAUGGUUACAACAAUACACGCUGUUUUUCUCUGGAUACAACUGUGCAGCAUUAAUGUAUGUAUGAUAGCUAUGUGUGUGUGAGAGAGAGAGAGAGAUUGUGUUUGUACGCAUAAAGAUAGAAUGAAUGCAGAAGUGUUCUUUACAAAAUGUAAGAAAGUCUGUAUCAAUGAAAAACUGAUCACAUGGAAAAGCUAACUUGUGCGACGCAACAUUGAUAAGAUCAGAACACUGACAGCAGACUUGUCACAUUCGUAUGGAACUUACACAUCUGCUUAGGUAUUCAAUUUGAGCUCUGUAAACUUCUUGUCUUGCAUUUUCCCACUUUACAUAUAAUGCUUGAAUAUGCUAGUGACAAUGCUGUGCAUUUGGGAACAUAUAGAAGAAACAUUGAAUUUUAUAGAAAUAUUGUUCCACUGAAUAGGUGUAAUCUGUGAUAAGACCACACAGUUUCUUUACAUUUAUUACAUUACUUCAACAAGCAUGUUUUAAAAUUCACUACCACUGAUUUGUAUAAAUAAAAUAAUCUUCAAUAUUUAGUCAAAUAGUUUGUCAGAAACAAUAACCUGGGUUCAAAUUCUAGCUAUGUUCUAUCACAAAGCCUUUAUUUGAACUAUAGUCAAAUAUUACUAUAAAAGUUUUAUGUUCUUAAUAGUAUAACUCUCACAGACCACUAAUUAUAUUUGUUCUGUGCAAGUAAUGACAUCAUAGGUUUAUCAUUUCAGUCCAAUUCUCAAGCAAUCAUUUGCCAUGGUGUCAGCUGUUUUAAGCUACAUUUUCAUUUGAAUGUUCAGAUAUGUCCUGGAACUACAAUCAUUGAACAUAAUAAUAAUAAAGCAUUUAUUUAGGGUAAACUGUGAAAUGAAAGAUAAAACCUGUUAACACCUUAGACCUAAGUUCUCUUGACAUUUCUGCAUAUUCAUCAAACUUCCUGGAGAAAAACACUGGUGCAGUAUGUGUUCUUCCUUUUUUAUAAGCUUGCUUAGAGAAGUAUUGUAAACAUGUUUGCAUGAUUUCAUAGUAUAGUAUUGGAUUAAUAUUCAAACCAGUUACAGCAAAGGCCAAAUUUAAUAUGCAGUUCCUUCCCACCGAUCCAUCCCUAUGCCACUGCGUGAUGUACAAAAAGUAGAAACAUAAUGAAGCACGUUUAUAUAGCAGAGUCAUUAUUAACCAUUUGUAGACAUAAAACAUAGCUCUGUGGACAAUUAAGAAAAUGAGUUUUGGCAUGUAAAUCAAUUUUAUUUAAGUCUGGAUCUAUCAUGAUUAACUGCUCAGGGCAUCAGCGACACUGAUAUGGAGUAAAACUCUACUGGUGAUCAGUCCCUGAUUACAAAGAUAGUCUAACAUGUAUGGAUUUUACUGUAUAUUGAUGUGCCUCAUUAUUUAAAAAGACCUCAUUUUGGUUCUUUGUCCUUAAUUCCCUUCAGGGGAAUACCUGCUUCCACAUUCCUUUCCAUUUGUGUCUCAUUUGGUGCUAUGCAAUGCAUACAGUUGGUGCAAAGUCAUUCAAGUAUUCGUUAAUUAGAAAUAUGCACAAAGGUAUCUCAGAAUGUUAUUUCCAGCCAUGACACAUUAAAUGUGUAUUUCCCAAUUCUUUUAAGUAUACAGAACCACAAAUGCCACUAAGUAUUAAAAUACAUUGAUUACAAUGAGCAACAUUUUGUGACCAUAUUGGUCUCGUGAGCAGAAAUGUUACAUAAAAAUUAAGUAACAAAUAUAAUCUGAUCAUCAUGCUAUCCUGGCAAGCACUCUUGCAUUGUAUUCAGCAAUUCCCCAGUUUGCAUAUGAGGAAAGUAUUUAUCCUGACUUAGGUUUUUUGUUAUAUCCUUCCAUUCCUCCUGGCAGAUGCCAGUAGUACCUUAAAACAAGUUGCAAAUAGCUCUUGCCACAUCCAGGACAGUCUAUUGAUAUGCUCUAUUCAAAUUUAAUAUUACAUAUUAUCUGAAGUAUAAUUUUUGUUAAAUUGAUCAAUAAACAAAUCAGAAUUUAGGAAAGGUUCUACAUUAUUUCUGCAUCACAAAGUGAAAAGUUAUUAUUUGUUUGGAAUGAGCCUGAAAGAAGUCAGUGUUGCCACAUGCCUAUAUUUGAUUAAUUCCUUCACUUGCCCUUAUAUUUACAUUUUUGUAUCUACAGUUCUCAGAAACAAAAGACUUGUGGAGUUUGUGUCAUUUAUCUUUGGAAAUUGUCCCAAGUUGUAGACAGAUUUACUUCUUACCAAGAUCGUAUACUAUAAUUCAUGAAUAAGAAAGCAGUAUUUUAAAUGUCCAUAAAAUAUAAGUAAGUUCUAUACUUUCUAUACCUCCAAACCAAAAAUACAUAUUUGGAAAGAAUUUAAAAGCAAUUUAUAAUAGGAAUAGAUUUUAUAUCUUAAUCAUUCCAGAAUGUAAGUUACAUAUUUUCUCUAUGUCUUGUAGUUCCAAACUACCUACAUGUUACAACACAGAUAGUUUUUUAAUGUCCAUACUUUGCAAAUUGAGAUGCACAUUUUCAUUCAAGUGAAGUAUAACCUGAAGGAAAUGGGUUCUGUCUUCAGAACCCUACUAGAAGCUGUGUUUGUCAGUCCAUCCAACCUGUCCUAUGACAUUUUAUACACUUUCUUUAGAUUGAUUUUAAUAGAACUGCAUAAACUCCAUGCCCUUUAUAACCUUGCCAACUUUGUACUUUUUAAUUCUGUCAGUACAUACUUUAGUAUGAUUGUAUUUGAUAAACCAUCAUAAAUUGAUGUGAAAUUUGUAUGAAAUGUUAGAAAUGCAUUAGCUGAAGUAUGAGUAUUAUCAAACUCUAGAAUCAUAAAAUGCCAGUGGUGAAUGCUUUCAGAACUUCAACCAUCACUUCUAAAUAAUAUGCAUAGUAUGCAUCGAAUCUGAUAUAUCUCUGCCAGCUUUUUUUUAUAUGUGCAGAAAAGUUGAAAGUAAUGCAUUGUUUUAUGUAAAGUGGGAUAAUUUCUACAUUGCAGUCUGAGGCAACUGGUGAAGGAAGACUUUAUGACACAACACAUUUUCCUGUUGAAAUAAACCCAUCCCACUGCCUAACACUUUUCAUCAAAUGGUGUUUUUGUCUGUUUCAAAUCACCAAGACCUUUCCCAUAAGUCACCCGUUCUUGUUAUACUUAACAUAUUUCAAGUUUGCCAAUUAUGUACCAUGUAUUAUAUAAAGCAAGAUCAAGUGUAUUUGUAUUUUGAAGAGUUAAUGUAUUCUGUGGCAUUAUUUACACUGUAUAGUUAUGUUAGCUAUGUUGUAAAAUAAUAAUAAAUAAAUGUAACAGUCUAUACUGA